AUGUGUUACGUCUGGGUUUCAAAAAACCUGACGGUCGAUGAACAAGUGCAGCUACUCCUGAUGAGGAUCGAGAACUACCCGACAGAGGAGAAGCAGAGUUUAGGUCACUCUCUGAACGACAUGAUGCUUCGAUGUUCGUUUGACUCAGAUGCCUGUUAUCCAGCUCACUUUAAAAUCAACACAUACAAGAACAGUGGCAACUGUUUUACAUUAGGCGAUAAGACUGCCGAGCCUUCCUUAUCAUGGCCUGUAACACAAGCAGGUCCAGCUAACGGCCUUAUUAUCGAACUGGACAUCGAGCAGGACGAGUACCUGCCCAUGACCGAAUCAGCUGGGAUAAAGGUCUUGUUACAUUCUGGCUCUGAGAUCGUCUUCCCUGAUAACAGUGGCAUCCUGGCAGCGCCGGGCUUUGUUACUAGUAUUGGCAUUAGGAAGUCGGAGAGUUAUUUGUUACCAGCACCGUACGGAAACUGCAUAAGUCAAAGUUCUGAUACUAACAGCAUCAAAAACCUCUAUGAAGAACUCGGCUACACCUACACCAAAGACGCAUGCAUGAGAACCUGUCUACAAAAGGAAAUCUUCAAAUCCUGCGGCUGUAUAGAAUCCGAUGUCGUCAACAUUAUCAACGUACUCAACUACAAAGACUGGUUGGACUUAGAUCAAACAAAAUCCAUCCAGAUCUGUGAUGAGUUAAGCGAACGAUGCAUCUAUAAGACAGUGUUACAGUUCCAGAAAGGUCAGCUUGGUUGUGAUGAGUUGUGUCCUUCAGCUUGCGAACAGAUUGUGUACCACACCACAGUAUCGAAUUCAUUAUGGCCAUCCAGCGCUUACAUAGAUACCUACAUACACUUCGUCAAUCAAACUCCAACUAUAAGAAAUAAAGCAUAUAAUUGGACGGCGUAUCCACAAGCACACGUACGUAAUAACUUUUUACGUUUGGAGAUUUACUACGAGACCUUGAACUUUGAAGUGUCUACAUCGUCCCCGACCUUCGACUGGAACAGUCUCCUAGGCAACAUCGGCGGUCAACUGGGGCUCUGGUUGGGGUUCUCUGUGCUGACCGCUGUAGAAAUCGUCCAGUUGACAAUGCAGGUUUGUGUCCACGUGAUACACUUGCAGUAUGACAAGUAUAGGAAAGCCCGGACGUGUAGAGAUACUGAGAUAGCACCACCGCCUGGUUCUACGUAUGUUUGA